ACCGUCCACCGGCAAAGCAAUGAGCAUAAAACUGUAUCUGUAUGGAGGACAUUUGCGCCGUUGCUGGUUUUUUUAUUGCCGAGAUGCUGCACUGAAGGAUACCAUUGGCGGCGAUUUAGCCCGACACCAAUCAAUUUCCGCCUACAAAAAACGUCAAUUAUACUCUAGCGGUUACCAGCACCUGGCGGUGAGAAAUCACACCAAUGAGCGAAGUUAUGACAGACAGAAUCUAGUGAAGGAAUUCAUCCCAUCACCGGAACUAAUUCAGUUGCAUAACACAGAAGGAUCAUAUCACACAUAUCAUCAAGGUCGCAACAUUCACCAGGUUGAUGCUCCGUAUCCUUCUAACGCAGCAGACCAUGACAGCAGAUGGUACGGUGGUAACCAUCUGAACUUCCCAGUUGUUUCGAAUGCUGACAAACUCACCGAUCCUAGUUGGCCAUCGAAGGGUGAUCAUGACAAGUACGGGAAACAUCUUUGGUUGCCUAACAACGGUCAAACUGAGUCCGACUCUCCAUUCAGUAAAGUGAAACCUCCCUCGAAGGGUAAAUGGAAGUGGGUUCCGGAAGAGCACGGUAGCAGCCACACAGCGACAGUGCACGCAGAAUUGCCACCGGUGGAAAACAGUAAUUCUUUGGCUGAGUUUGACGGGAAAAUUGUUGCCGCUCCUCAUCAGCAUCAGCCGUUGAAGUUUCCAGGGCGUGAUCGGCCGUAUCUGUUCGAUAGUGCCACCGGUGGCAUUGAAGAACCGGGAAGUGCCGCCGGUGUUGUCCCCUCGACGUUGGAUUACUUUUCCGGAGGGGGCGCGAAACUGCCGACCAGUGGCAAAGGGGACGAGACAGCUUUGAAGCAUGUUUCACCUUGGAAGAAGAUUUUCCAUGUCCUGACAGCGGCCAUCCCGAUUGGACUUAUUAUUUCAGCCCUGACUCCGCAGGUUGUCUACAUCAAUCCGAACAUGACACAGACUCCGGUGCAGAUGCAGACUCCAACGCCGAUCAGUGCAACCGGUGCAAGCGGGACUCGCCAACGGGCGGCUGCGAUUGGUCAUCAUCGAUCGCUGCUCGACUACUUUGCUGCGGGUGGUGCUGGAUGCGAGGAGAAAUCGUUCUGCGAACUGACUCGCCUCGGAAUAAAUCCCGAAGCUGAUAUCCUUGCGAAGACGCUUUGGAAAGUUGCCAACGAGACACCCUCCGAUCGCGCCCGCCAGAGUGGCCUGGAGGAGAUUUUCCGUGCCGCGAAAGACAACGACUGUUCAAGAUUUCGCUGCGAAAACACUUGAUCCUGACGGUCUGCUUGGUUUUGGCACUGGUGGAUUGAUGCACUUUAAAAUGAAAAAGAUUGGCGCUUGUAAAGUUGUCGAUGAGAGCUGUUUUAUAGUAAAAGCCUUCCCAUCUUCGCUGUCUUGCCAGAGUGAAGAGUGACGACGGAAUUAUGUUUUUUCGAUUAUUAUAAUUAUUACGUAUCUAUAGAGUACCUCAUCGGCGGCAAAAGUGGAAACCUAAUUGCAACGAGAAGAGGACCAACCGAAAAGACUCCGUGUGUCCGUACGUCACUCCCAUCUACCAGCACUUGAGCGCGCAAC